GACAUCAGGCGUUGGUCUGAAAGGGUAUACCUUUAGUUCAGGACGUGAAGCUUUCACCGUCUGUCUUGGGGAGCUGUUGGUUUUCCCCUGGUAGAUUUAGUCUAUUUUUAUUCUCAUAGUGAUAUUUUUCAUUCUGUUAAGUUUGUCAUAAUGUCUGGGGUUGAGUUAGCUCCACAUAGAGCCUGGGAUGAUUUUUUUCCAGGUUCGGAUAGAUUUGGAAAACCCGAUUUCAACGACUUAGCUAAAUGGAACAACCGAGUUGUGAGCAAUUUACUUUAUUAUCAAACAAACUACUUGGAGUUAGCGCUGGGUGUCUUCUGCUUUAUGAGACCUACGGAGAUGGUUCUUGGCUGUGCCGUUGUAAUUGUGUUGUUUGUAGCAGCCGUUUGGGCUUCUGAUAACAAAGCAGUCAUCCAACGAUUUAAGACAAAAGCUCCUUCAGCAUUUGUUGUGAUCAUUCUGUUGGCCAGCUACUGCAUUCUUUCUCUGUUUGGAGGCGUGAUGGUAUUUUUACUUGGCAUCUCUUUGCCUUUACUCUUAAUCUUUAUUCAUGCCUCUUUGAGACUGAGGAAUAUUCAGAACAAAGUGGAAAACAGAUUGGAGGGAAUUGGACUGAAGAAGACUCCCAUGGGGAUUGUGCUUGAUGCCCUUGGCCAGCAUGAAGCUAAAAUAAACAAGAUUGCUGACUUUGUUACAAGCAAAAUAAAAGACUAAGUCCAUGUGCAGUUCCUUAUUUCCAGCUAACCAAAGUUGUAACAGUAUCGUUUUCUCAUUUUAAUAGUGGUCAUGUCGACCAAAAGUGCCCAUAUAUCUGACCAAUACUGCCCCAUGCAGUAGUGUUGAGGUAUAUUUCUUUAGCAUACCAGGUUGUCCUGUUUUUCUUUGCUUUGGUAUUCUAAUAUUUUUCAAACUGUGUUUGCCCAUUAAAGCUGUUUGGUUAUAAGUAACUAUUAAUGUCAUAUAGUGUGGUGUUGUGUUAUAACUUUCCACCCAGGUGUGCCGAAGUGUUUGUUAUGAAGAGUGGUGUGAUGUGGUCAAGCAGGUUCUCCUAAUGUAUUUUUCUACUGGGUGUUCUUUCAUAAUUUAUUCAGCUGCUGUUAUGGUAGUUCCAUGACUGCAUCAGAGUUUACAUCAUGAUAUUAGUAGACAAACUAGCUCUUGCAUUUGUUGCAGUGGUAAUGUUGGCAGAUUGGGUUCAUUUAGGUCAUUUGCAUGCUGUUCUUCAUAUGCAUAUUGUAGCUGUGUACUUAAGGGAUAGCUAGAUGAGCUACUCUGCAAGAAAGCAGAUCUAGUCAUCAAUGUGUGCUCCAUGGUUUGCACCAGAUUUACAGAUUGUGCAUUCUUCGUGUGAUGUAAUUUGUUAAACCUAUUCUAGGGAGAGGUAAUGCUGCUUUCUGAUAAGUAAACCUGACAUUUGAGAAAGAUAUAAAUGAAUUACAGAUAUUUGAGCUAGACAGGAAGUAGGUGUUUACUGUAUUACAUGUCUUUUAUAAUGCUCAUUCAUUGUUAACUAAAUCUAAGGAAACACUUGCGGCAGAUGAGACUUGAUUUUAUCAUUGGGAAAGGACAGGACAGAAAAGCUGAAAAAGAGCUAUUUGCUGAGGCUGAGAUCUCAGACCUGAUAAAUUGUUUUAAGGGAAAAUAGUCUUAUAGCAGGCAUUGGGGAAACAUAUUAGGGUUACAAAUAUGAAUUCUGAAUACUCUACUCUGCACAUAGUCUUGUAUUUCCAGGUUGGUUUGAAAAUUGACUAAUGCCAUUUCAAGCUAAGUCUUGUCCAUGACACUGCCUUAAGUAAAUCAGAAAAUAUUGUUCAAUUCUUGAAUAUUUUGAUGUGACACACACGGGCACACACAAACACAAAUUUAAAUAAGUUGGCAUUUCGUUUGUCGUUGUAUAGAAUGCUUAUGUUCUAUACUGUUUACUGUUUUUAAUUUCUUUUGCAUUAAAUGGCACUCUUACAAUUUAUAAAAAAAUAUAAGUCUACAAAUCAGUACAACAGUUGUAUCAAAUAUAGCAUUGCUUUUGUAGUAUGCAUUUAUAAAAAAAAGUUCUCUGGAUCAUAACAGUGCUUAUCUGCCAGUAUCCCAGUAAUAAUUUGGGCAAAGUUGUGUCUUUGUUUUGAUGAUUUUUGCUUUCUGUGAUGUCAAAAUAAGGUCAUUAUGAAAAAAAAUUUACAGUGAUGCUUUGUUUAGCUGCUUAGAUUUAGAAUGGAAGUAAACAUUUAAGCUACAGCUGGUAAUGUAGAAAACAUUUGCGCCUGAAGUUUUUUUUCCCAGAAAGAUGAUACAACACUUGAAGCAUGCAGUUAAAUAAUUGAAAGAAAUAUUAUUUUAACUGUUAACUGUAUUCUAGCUCUUGGCAAGUCCAGAAUAUUCAGAAAUAUCUUUGUAUUUAUUUUCCUGUUACAGACUGGAUUAUCAAGAUAUUACAUAAUAUUUAGCAGUAGAAAUGUAGGGGCAUUAAGUAAACCCCCUUUGUGAAAAUAAUUUGCAAUUCAUAUGAUUUUUGUAAAGAAUUGCAAAAAGUGAAUGGCUAUGUUCCUUCAUUUGUUAAUAAAGAAUAUGAGCCAUCAGAAAAAUGA